CCCCAGAGGAUAUGCGGUGAGUGCGAAAAAUCUGAAUGCGUCAAUGGAGAGGGUGAAAACAUUAUGGAUUGUUUUGUUGAAGUGUUUCUGUUCAGUUGUAAGUGGUAGUCCUGUCUCUCACACAUCCUUUCGAUAUUCCCUCUCAGUGCGAACGCGGAAUACAUUCGUAUGGGAGACGUCAUCAUUGAUGUUCCUGGUGGAUCGAACAAUCACAACUACGCUAAUGUGACGCUAAUUGUUGAAUUAGCUCGCCUUCAUGGUGUCCAGGCUGUUUGGGCCGGAUGGGGACACGCCUCGGAAAACCCUCUCCUACCCAAUUCCCUCGCCAGCAGCAC